AUGAAGAGCGCACUGCUGCCCGUCCUGGCUCUCUGGGUGGGGUGCUGCCCUGGAGGGGCCCUGGCCAACCAGGGGCCGGGCCCGAGAGAGCCCAUGGCCCAGCCAACGCCCACAGGGCUGCCCACCCUGCAGCCGCUGCCACCCAGGCCAUCUGAGCCCCCCGAAGGUCAAGUGCAACGCAGCCCCAGGAACGGCGGCCCGGACAGGCCUGAUGACGGGCAGCUGGACAGGCCGUGGCCACGGCCUACCUCCAAGGAGGGAGCCCACAGAGCCCCCACCCAGCCCCCAGCCCCGCCCUGGAAGGCCCCCGCCAGACCCGGGCUGGCCCAGAGGAAGGCAACACUGCCAGCAGCAACUGCCAAGCUCAGGAACCCCCGAGCCCAAGACCGGGCAGUGGCCUCCAAGGAGGGCCAGGGCAGGCAGAUAGGAGGCCAGGAAGCCAUGAAAAGGGGCCCAAAGCCUAGGAGGCCCCCCAAAGGGGCCUCCCAGCAACCCGGCCAGGGAGGCUGGCAUCAAAAGAAGGAUCGCAGCCGAGGCCAAGGUGGCAGCAGCAGCUCAGAGACCACGGGUCGUGGGCGGAAAAGGCCUGGAAGCAGGCGAGGGCACGGCCAUGGGCUUGCGGACCCGGACACUAUGGAACAGGCCAUGCCCUCCCUGCCAGCCUCCUGCCUCCUGGCCCAGGCAGCCAUUGCCUGUGGCAAUGUCAAGAUGAAACACGUCCCUGCCCUGUCUGACCCCCGCCUGACCACGCUCUACCUGGCAGAGAAUGAAAUUGCCAAGAUCCCAGCCCACGCGUUCCUGGGGCUGCCCAACCUGGAGUGGCUGGACUUGAGCAAGAACAAGCUGGAUGCCCUUGGCCUGCACCCCCACGCCUUCAAGAAUCUGACCCGGCUAAAGCGGCUGAACCUGGAUGGGAACUCGCUGUCCACGGUGCCGGCCUUGCCCGCCUCCCUGCAGGAGCUCAAACUCAACGACAACCUUCUGCAGGGCCUGCAGCGCUGCAGCUUCCGGGGGCUCAGCCAGCUGCUGACGCUGGAGGUGGAAGGGAACCAGCUGCAUGAUGGGAACAUCUCCCCCCUAGCCUUCCAGCCCCUACGCAGCCUGCUCUACCUGAGGCUGGACCGGAACCGGCUGCGGACCAUCCCGUCCGGCCUGCCAGCCUCCCUGCAGGAGCUGCACCUGGGCACUAAUGUCAUUGAGGAGGUGGCAGAGGGCACCCUGAACCGCAGCCGCAGCCUCAGCGUGCUGGUUCUCAGCAACAACCGGCUCCAGGAGGACCGGCUUGCCCCCCGCGCCUGGAUCGACCUCCCGAAGCUGGAGGCCCUCGACCUGUCCUACAACCAGCUGGUGCACGUGCCCUCCUUCCUGCCCCGGGGCCUCCGCCGCCUCGUGCUGCACCACAACCGCAUCGAGCGCAUCCCCGGCUACGUGUUUGCACACAUGAAGCCGGGCCUGGAGGUCCUGCAUCUGUCCCACAACAGCCUGCGUGAGGAUGGCAUCCACAGCGUGUCCUUCCUGGGCCUGCAAGCCUCCCUGGCCGAGCUGCUCCUGGACCACAACCAACUGCAGGCUGUCCCCCGGGGCCUCCUGGGCCUCAGGGCACUGCAGGUGCUGCGCCUGAGCCACAACGAGAUCAGACACGUGCCCCUGAAUUCCAUCUGUGACACACGCGUGGCCCAGGAUUCCAACCUCAUCUCCACACACCUGGAGAACAACCUUAUCGACCGGCGUCGCAUCCCACCCACUGCCUUCUCCUGUAUCCGGUCCUACCACAGUGUGGUCCUCCAGCCCCAGCAGGGGGAGGGGGAGUCCGCCUAG